CUUCUAUAUAAGGACUUAUUUGACGCCUUUUUUGCAACUUCGAGGACCAAACUGACUCUUUACUCGUAUUUAAGGUGUUUUGUUCACAAUUACCCCAACCGAUGGAAUCUAUUUUUAACAUGGGCCGAGCUAUGGUUUAACACAAGUUAUCAUCGCUCAAUUAAUAUGACGCCUUUUGAGGCUCUUUAUGGGCAUCCCCCACUUAUCCUCCGGUCCUAUAAAAAUGGAAUGUCGCCCUUGGCCGAAGUUGUUGAGCAAAUGUGCACCCGUGAAGUUCUACAAAGUUUACGUCAUAAUAUUGUUGUAGCAGAUAAUCACAUGAAGCAACUAGUUGACACAAGAAGACGGGAAGUUCACUAUCAGAUAGGUGACCAUGUGUAUUUGAAAUUGGAACCUUUUCGGCAACAUUCUGUUUUUAAGCGGGUUAGUCAGAAAUUGGCAUGUAAAUUUCUUGGUCCUUUCAAAAUAUUUGAGAAGUUCUUUGAUGUUGCUUAUAGAUUUGAUCUGCCACCCGAAUUACGAAUACAUCCAGUCUUUCAUGUUUCGCUCCUUAAAAAACACAUUGGGGAUGAUAUUCCAUCAACAACAACACUACCUCCAUACUCAUGUGAUGGCCAACCUGUUUUUGAACUAGAGAAAGUCAUUCGCUUUCGUAACAUAAGAACCCGAUCAUGAGUAAUUCGUGAAGCCUUGAUCACGUGGGCGUCUCUUCGUUCUGAAGAUGCCACAUGGGAACGAGUAGAGGUCAUCAGACAACAAUUUCCUGACUUUAACCUUGAGGACAAGGUUCGACUUCGAGAGGAGGGCAAUGAUGAGGAUGCAGGGCCAAUGACCCGUCAUAGUAAGCGGGCCCGAAGAAGCAGUACAAGACUUCGGAACUAUUUUACUUAUUGAAGCUUCCUGAUCAAUUGCGAUAAUUAUUAGCUUAAGCUUAUUUAAUUAGUUAUUUAAUUUACAACAUUACUAUUUUUAGUUAAUUCAUAGAUGAGUUAUAUUAGAGUUAGUCCUGAUAUUAUCUAUCCUUGUUGUGCAAGGGUUAGUUUGCAGGUAGGAUUGUUUGGGGGUAUUAAUACCCCUUUUGCUUAAUAAAACGUAUGGACUUAUUUGCUUAACAACGUUGUUUGGUUUUUCUAUCACCGUUAGAUAGAGAAUUGGUCUCCUUUACACCGUGAGUAAAGGCCGCCGGUCUUUAUAUUUUUUCAUCAGAGGACCAUUUUAACUAUUUUUCAUAUAAUUUUUUCUUUAUUUUAUUAAUAAAUUAUAUUUUAAUUUUUUUUCACAAAUUAGAAGAAUCAACCAUUGCAGCCACUUCAGUUAAAACUUCAUAAAUUUCAGCAGAAUCAACCGAUACAGCGGAUUUGAGUGUUAGCAAACGGGCCCUCCAUAUUUUACCUCCAUAUUUUAUUUAGUGUGUCCUUGCCUAAGAUUGCAUGUUCUUCGAGUAAUUACUUUUUCUCUAGAACAUCCUCUUAAGGAGAGGUAGUAACAUGAUGUGGAAUACCAUGUGAAAUUAGAUCCCAUUUCUCGUACAGAUCACAUCACAUCUUAAAUCUAAAAAGAUUCACCCAACUCAUGUCUAGACCACAAAACACUUGUUUACUAAAAGAAAUACACAUGUUAAUUACACAUGUUUCUAGCCCAAAUUCUUAUAUACUCUGUACUAGUUUAUUACUACGUAUUAUUUUAUACAAAAUGGGUGUGAUACAAAUUUAAUGUACUUCAACAACCCCUUUACCACAGGCUCUUAAUGGGCUACUAUAAAUCACGUGCUAUUGCUAAACAAAAAAUUACUCCGUAAAACACAUUUGAACUCGACUCUACUACCAUAUUAAAAAUUGAGGUUACAUUAAAAAGGUUAAACUAUUAUAAAAAGUAGUUCAAUGUCUUAUAUAUACUCCCCAUGUUCCAGAGUUAACUCUACCGUUAAGUUUGACUUUUGUGGUCAAAGUUUAUUUAUGUUUGACGAUGGUUAUUUAAAUAUGCAUGUUUGUAAAAUUUAUAAUAACAGAUAUAUAUUUCAUUAGUACAUACCUAAUUACAUAGCUAGUAUUACACUAAUUAUUUAAAAGUGUUUUGUUCCUUGUUAUGCAUUAAUGUAAUUUUUAAAUAAUCAGCUAUCAAAGUUAAUAAAGUUUGACUUUAAAGUCAAAACUAUAAAGUAAGUUAUGGGAGUGGUAGUAUUAGUUUACUACUCUCUCGUUCUCACAAUUAAAAUUUCAGUUUGACUUUAUGAUCUUCUAGACGGACGUUUGAUCAUAAUUAUCUAUAAAUGAAUACAUUUAUAAUCUAUAAUAAAUUGACAUUUGAAUAAUUCAUAUCACAAAUUUACAAUGAAGCACAAAAAAUAAUUUUUUAUGGAUACAUAUUGUUAAAUGUUUAGUAAUUGACGGUCAAAGUUUAACAAGGUUGACUCAAAAGUCUAACUGAGACUUUAAUUGAGGGAUGAAGGUAGUAUUAUACACUAAACUAGUGUGAGAUGAAUAUAAUCACUCGGAUAGUCGGAUAUAUAUGAAUGUUUCAAGUAUACUCUUGUACUCCGUAUGAAUGUUUGUAAUUUGAUCAUCUUUGUAAUUUGAUCAUCUCUGAUUGAGGAUUUUUUAUUCAAAAGUGAGAAUCAAGCAUAAUAUAUUAACACGUGUUAUAAAAAAGAACAAUUAAUUCGAGCAUAAUAAUUUUAUUUCUAGGUGCGGGGAUCCUACUGACCUACUUUAGGAGAAAAUAAUGAACGGGAUCCAACUGACCUACUUUAGAGGAAAAUAAUGAAGUCAAUACUCCGUGUUUAAUUUUGGGGGUACUAGUAUUUAGGGGGAUUAUGUUAAAAUCUAAUUCAUACCCCUUGUAUUCUUUUACUCCAUCCGGUUCACAUUAAUCUUUACACUUAACUUCACAUAUAUUAAGGAAAUAAAUUUGAUUUUAAUAUAGAAUACACUGUUUGACACUGUUUUGCAUUGUUUGGUGUAGAUUUGUAAGGCAAAUAAGGAAGUGUAAAGUUUAAUAUGGUACUUCUUAACAAGGAAAGUAUAAAGAUUAAUGUGAACCGGAGAAAGUAUUUGUUACGACAGAUUUUUUCACUAAUUUUAAUCAUAAAGCAAUAGAACUAUAGAAGUAAUAGAAAAGGUACGAGAAAUGAAAAGUACAAAAAGUAAGAACUAUGGAGUAGAUUACUCAUUCUGUUCUCUCAUACUUGUCCUCAUUUCCAUUUUGAAUUGUUCUUAAUAGUUGUAUUUCUUUUCAUUUUUAGAAAGUUUUUUCAAUAUACAUCCGUUCUCUUUCAUACUAUUUAAUUCUUUUUCAUACUUUUUAUUUAAACACAACUCACUGCACUUUUUACAUUACCCCUAUUAUUUUUCUCUUAAUAUUUGUGUCAAACCCUAUAGGGACAAGUAUUGGAGAACAGAAGGAGUAUUUUUUUAGGAUGUUUUCUUUUGGACUCAAAUUUGCUGGUCUAGUCUGGUCUGGUUUGAUCUGGUCUGGUCUGAUUGGUUUGAUUUGAUAAAUGUCUAAUUUCUGUGUAUUUUAUAACUAUGAAGGUCUGAUCUGGUCUGGUCUAUUAUGGUCUGGUCUGGUCUGAUCUGGGACGAAAAGCAAUUUAAAAGAAAAAUCCUUAAUACUCCAUGUAAGGAAUAAAAAAAAUGAGAAAAUGUUGCAGAAAUUUAUUUAUUUUUUAAAAAAGUUUAGCAAAUAAAAGAAUAUGGGAAGUACCAAAAAACAGAAAGCAGAUAGAAAAAUGAUUAAGUGGAGAGAGUGUUACCUAAAUAUUUGGGACGCACAGAGAGUAAGAAGCUAUAUACGCGGCCAGCUGAUACCCAUGACCCAUCUCGACAAAGGGAAUUCGAGAAGCAAGUGAUUGCCUCCUUAGUUUUGAGGGUUAGCUCUGAAGUCAAUUAAUCCAAAUACGUAUAUUGUCUUCAAUUCGUACAAUAUGUGAUUUGCAUGUUCCUCCACCAUGUGUUCUAAGGGCAAGUUGAUGCCCCCAGCUACUACUGAGGAGUCUCACUCUUCAUUACAACGCCCCUCUUUCAUAAUUUGUCAUGUUAUGAAAGAGUUACAAAUUGCAAUUCAGAGUCUCUUCGGUCUUUAUUCUUGGCUUUUGGCUUAAUAAAACACUUAUUUACCAAAACACUGCCAAUUUUUUACUUUUCUCGACUUUCAGGUGAAAAGUGCUUUUCCCUUUUCUAUUACACAAAAAACACUUAUUUUACCAAACACUACCAACUUUUACUUUUCAAAAUCACUUUUUCCUCAAACACUAUCAACUUUUACUACUAAUCACUUUUUCCAAAUCACUCCAAAAGUGUUUUUUUAAGAAGAAGCAGAUGCAAACCCUCCUUGAAUGUGUUGGGGGAGUUGAAUGAAAAGAUCUGCUGAACUAUGAUAAUAUAUAUAUAUAUAUAUAUAUAUAUAAUCCGUACUAUACUAUAUCAAUAAAAUACGGAAAUUUUCAUAUGAUAACGGCUAAAAUAGUCGAAUUCAACAAUUUCAGUCAGAAAGGAAACUUUACCUUAAGGCCCAUUUGGUAACACUGAAUAAAAUUGGUUGAAUCUGCUGAUAUUUAUGAAAUUCUGGUUGAAUUACAUUGAUCGAAUCUGAUGUGCUUUGGAAAAAUUACUUUUAAAAUAUAUUUCAUUAAAUAAAUCAAGAAAACAUUACGUGAAAUAAGCUAAAAUGGUGUUCUAUAUUAACUUUAGUUGAUUCAAUAAAAAAGCAACUCCAACCUUAAUUAUUUUGAUUAUUACUCAAUUAAGCGAGCAAACUAAAGUUGAGAACUACAUAUUUGAUAAAAAAAAACAUGGUUAAUAAGGCUGAAAAUAGGGGAUACCAAACAAGCUCUUAUUUCUAUUAUGUGUUUCUUAAAAAAUGAUUGAUAACGUUGAUAAACAGAAAAGAGAUGUUAAAUUACCAAUUAAAUGAGCUCCGAGUUUUUCACAUAACAAAAAAAUAUGAAUCCCAAGUCAGAUAUUUUAAAAAUGGACAAACUAAUUCACUUACAUGAACUAGUAUAAAUAUUUAAUUAAUUACGUACUCCGCCUGUCCUUCAAAUAACUUUCUCUAUUCCUUCUUCCUAAAAGGUUGAAUCCCCACCUCCCCUCACGUCAUGACCCGACAAGACUUUUGAGAGGUUGUAAUGACGUCACGGUGACUCAGCCGGCUUAAUGGUGAUAGACUUUGUACCUGUGAGCACGAGAGGUUCAGCCCAACACCCAUGAGCUGUAAACUUUUUGUAUUCCUUAUUAAUGAGAAUAUUAUCCGAAAUAGGAGUAAAAAAGUUUAAAAUUCUAACAUAGGACUGCCAUGUUUUUAUUCCCAAAAUAGGACUAAUUACUGACAUGUUUUGGCAGUACCAGACUUCAAACAUGAUAGUAUUUUUCAAACUUGGCAGUAAUUACUCAUAUUUUGGGAAUAAAAACAUGGCUGUCCUAUUUGGAAUUUUCAAACUUUUUUACUCCUAUUUCGGGAACUUUCCCCUUAUUAAUUGGAAUGUGUCUAAAUAAAGUGUUGGUUUCUCAUUUGGUAAAUAAAUUCUUACUUGAUCCCUCCAUCCUAUUACUUCCUCCGUCCCAAAAAACUUUGUCAUUUCAAAAAAUUUGAACCUUAAUUUUGAUUAGUAUGAUAUUAUGAAAGUUAGAAAUUUUAUAUGUUUAUGAAAGUACUUUUAACAAAGAACAUUUUCAUAUAAUUUUUAUAUUAUAAGUAAUAUUCAAUUAAAAGAUAUAGUCGGUCAAAGUUUUGAAAAUGGCAAAGUUUUUUGGGACGGAGGUAGUAUAAUUGUGCAGUUUUUCCCUUUCAUCUUGUAUAAUAAAUUCAUAAUAAUGGAUAAUAUUUAUUUGAGUUUGAAUCAUUCUUACCUUUUCACAUUUUAUCAAUAUCUCCUCCAUGGCUGCAUAUGACCAGGAGCGUAGUUGGGGGUUGGCCAGCCUAGGCCCCGCCCCACCUCAAAUUUAAAAAAUAAAUGUAAUUUUAGUCUAAAAGGCUCUGUAUAAAUUUUUUCCCCAAAAUAUUCUUUGUACCGGUCCAAUUCGGCCCCGUGUUCUGGUUCCACCCGUGCGCAUAUCAAACUAUUAUGAAGUAUGAACAACUUCAAAACCAUACGGAGUAUUUUUCUGUUGACCCCAACGGUAAAAGUCUACUUUCCCCAACAUCGCUUCUUUUCUCUUCUUGUUGACCCCAACCGUAAAAGUCCGGGGACAGGUAGUAUCAUUUGCUCUAUUACAUUAGAGUAAUAGAGUACUCUUAUACCUGACCGGAGCCCCGUCCGGCCUCCUCCAUUUGGGGCCUUUGCGGUGGUAUUUUUUGCUCAAAUUUUUUGUGUAGGUUUCUCAUCAAGUCUAGUUCAUCUAUACCAAAAAUACAUAUUCCGGACCAGUUAACUUGCAAAAAUCAUUUGACGAUCUUCCCGAUUGAAUUUUUGGCUGAAAUUUGGUAUGGAUGAACUAGACUUGAUGAGAAACCUACACAAAACAUUUGAGCAAAAAAUACCACCGGGAAGGCCCCCAAAUGGAGGAGGUUGGACGGGGAGAGUGGUCCGGUCUGGCCGGACCUGAAUAGUUGUGUAGAGUAAUAUAAUCUCAAAUUCCAUUUCAAAAAGUCAAAGGUAAAAAUUCUCUUUUAUAAAGUCUCUGUUUUUCAAACAAGUUACUAAGAACACCCUAAUAGGCUAAUAGUUCCUUACACACUCUUACAUGUAGCUGAGUCUUUUUAUGCGUAGGACUCAGCUACAUAUAUUCAUAUUUAUUUUAAUUUUCAUUUUUAUCACAUUUAAUCCAUUUCAUCUACUUUUAAUUUGCUCCAAUCCUUGAAUCCGGUGCAAUGUCCAUUUGUGAAUGUUGUCAUAGACAUGGUUUACAAUUUAUUUCUCUCUCCCCAUUUUUUCAUUUUCCCUACACACCAUUUUGUCUACAUACUAUGUAUACUAUUAGAUUAAAAUAAUCAUUUUGAGCCUGUUUGGUAGUCCAUUUUUUCAACUCAUCGGGCUUAUCAGAUAACGUUUUCACCAAACACGUCACUUUUGGUUUCGUGCGCUGAAUUGUGAAAUAAUAAGAAAAAGUGUUGUUGAAGUUACUUUUCUGGCUAUAUUGGCUGAAAUUACCGCAGAGGAACAUUUUAGGUAAUCUUUCAUAUAAUUUUUUAUUUAUGUUAUUAAUAAUAAAUAUUUUAAAUAUAAUUUUUUUCAAAAAUCAGCAUAAUCGGCCAAUCCAUCCACUUCAAUCAGAACUUCAUAAAUUUCAGUAUAAUCAGCCGAUUCAGCUGAUUUCAGUGUUACCAAACAGGCUUUUUACGUGUAUCCCCGACCUAUGUUACAUUACAUAGGAACAACUUUACUGCUAUCCAUUUUUCCAUUUGAGAUAGCUCUAAGUGACUGGUAUGAUAUCAUUAUAAUGCUGAUUAAUACUCCCUCCGGUUCACAUUCUUCUUUACAGUUUGACUUCACAAAUAUUAAAGAAAUAAAUUUGACUUUACUGUUUGGCACUGUUUGGACACUGUUUGGCACUGUUUGUAAGGCAAAUAAGGAAGUGUAAAGAAGAAUGUGAUACCAACAAAAAAGGAAAGUGUAAAGAAGAAUGUGAAUGGAGGAGGGAUUAAUAUUUUAAGAGAUAUUACCCGAAAUAGGACUAAAAAAGUUUGCAAAUUCCAAAGUAGGACUUUCAUGUUUUUAUUUCCAAAAUAGGACUAAUUACUGUCAUGUUUUGGCAGUACCAGACUUCAAACAUGGCAGUAUUUUUCAAAUUUGGCAGUAAUUAGUCCUAUUUUGGGAAUAAAAACAUGACAGUCCUAUUUUGGAAUUUUCCAACUAUUUUAGUCCUAUUUCGGGAACUUUCCCAUAUUUUAAUCACAUUGUACACAAAUUUGUAGAGUAUGGUACGUACAAGGUAGAUAUUCAUUAACUAGACUAGUUUCGAAACAAGUUUUAGAGUAGACUUGGUCACAUAUAGAUCAUAGGAUUGAAAGCAUGGACAAAGCAGGUGAAACUUUGAUGACACCCACCCUACAUACAUAAGAAUCCACACUUCAAAAUUACUUUCUGUUGUCUGACUUUUCUCUUUAAUUUAAUUUUUUUAUACCCAUCAUCCCAGUCUCUUCUUCUCACUUCUUCUCACUUCUUCUCUUAUCAUUUCAUCUCCUCCUCCACCGACAAACCUAUAGCCAGCUACUAUAUGUAUAUGUAUAUAUAUACGGCGCCAUCAUCAAUAACAUCUGAUUCUUCUCAUCUAACAACAUACAUACAUCUCUCUCUCUAUCUAUCUGUAGAUCACUGUUCAGAAAACAUAAUCUCUGAGCUGAAUUGAAGGAAGAAAGCAGGAAAAAGAAUGGUACAGCCCAACAAGUUCAGAGGUGUCAGACAACGCCAGUGGGGCUCUUGGGUUUCAGAAAUCCGCCACCCUUUGCUGUUGAAUCCCCACCUCCCCUCACGUCAUGACCCGACAAGACUUUUGAGAGGUUGUAAUGACGUCACGGUGACUCAGCCGGCUUAAUGGUGAUAGACUUUGUACCUGUGAGCACGAGAGGUUCAGCCCAACACCCAUGAGCUGUAAACUUUUUGUAUUCCUUAUUAAUGAGAAUAUUAUCCGAAAUAGGAGUAAAAAAGUUUAAAAUUCUAACAUAGGACUGCCAUGUUUUUAUUCCCAAAAUAGGACUAAUUACUGACAUGUUUUGGCAGUACCAGACUUCAAACAUGAUAGUAUUUUUCAAACUUGGCAGUAAUUACUCAUAUUUUGGGAAUAAAAACAUGGCUGUCCUAUUUGGAAUUUUCAAACUUUUUUACUCCUAUUUCGGGAACUUUCCCCUUAUUAAUUGGAAUGUGUCUAAAUAAAGUGUUGGUUUCUCAUUUGGUAAAUAAAUUCUUACUUGAUCCCUCCAUCCUAUUACUUCCUCCGUCCCAAAAAACUUUGUCAUUUCAAAAAAUUUGAACCUUAAUUUUGAUUAGUAUGAUAUUAUGAAAGUUAGAAAUUUUAUAUGUUUAUGAAAGUACUUUUAACAAAGAACAUUUUCAUAUAAUUUUUAUAUUAUAAGUAAUAUUCAAUUAAAAGAUAUAGUCGGUCAAAGUUUUGAAAAUGGCAAAGUUUUUUGGGACGGAGGUAGUAUAAUUGUGCAGUUUUUCCCUUUCAUCUUGUAUAAUAAAUUCAUAAUAAUGGAUAAUAUUUAUUUGAGUUUGAAUCAUUCUUACCUUUUCACAUUUUAUCAAUAUCUCCUCCAUGGCUGCAUAUGACCAGGAGCGUAGUUGGGGGUUGGCCAGCCUAGGCCCCGCCCCACCUCAAAUUUAAAAAAUAAAUGUAAUUUUAGUCUAAAAGGCUCUGUAUAAAUUUUUUCCCCAAAAUAUUCUUUGUACCGGUCCAAUUCGGCCCCGUGUUCUGGUUCCACCCGUGCGCAUAUCAAACUAUUAUGAAGUAUGAACAACUUCAAAACCAUACGGAGUAUUUUUCUGUUGACCCCAACGGUAAAAGUCUACUUUCCCCAACAUCGCUUCUUUUCUCUUCUUGUUGACCCCAACCGUAAAAGUCCGGGGACAGGUAGUAUCAUUUGCUCUAUUACAUUAGAGUAAUAGAGUACUCUUAUACCUGACCGGAGCCCCGUCCGGCCUCCUCCAUUUGGGGCCUUUGCGGUGGUAUUUUUUGCUCAAAUUUUUUGUGUAGGUUUCUCAUCAAGUCUAGUUCAUCUAUACCAAAAAUACAUAUUCCGGACCAGUUAACUUGCAAAAAUCAUUUGACGAUCUUCCCGAUUGAAUUUUUGGCUGAAAUUUGGUAUGGAUGAACUAGACUUGAUGAGAAACCUACACAAAACAUUUGAGCAAAAAAUACCACCGGGAAGGCCCCCAAAUGGAGGAGGUUGGACGGGGAGAGUGGUCCGGUCUGGCCGGACCUGAAUAGUUGUGUAGAGUAAUAUAAUCUCAAAUUCCAUUUCAAAAAGUCAAAGGUAAAAAUUCUCUUUUAUAAAGUCUCUGUUUUUCAAACAAGUUACUAAGAACACCCUAAUAGGCUAAUAGUUCCUUACACACUCUUACAUGUAGCUGAGUCUUUUUAUGCGUAGGACUCAGCUACAUAUAUUCAUAUUUAUUUUAAUUUUCAUUUUUAUCACAUUUAAUCCAUUUCAUCUACUUUUAAUUUGCUCCAAUCCUUGAAUCCGGUGCAAUGUCCAUUUGUGAAUGUUGUCAUAGACAUGGUUUACAAUUUAUUUCUCUCUCCCCAUUUUUUCAUUUUCCCUACACACCAUUUUGUCUACAUACUAUGUAUACUAUUAGAUUAAAAUAAUCAUUUUGAGCCUGUUUGGUAGUCCAUUUUUUCAACUCAUCGGGCUUAUCAGAUAACGUUUUCACCAAACACGUCACUUUUGGUUUCGUGCGCUGAAUUGUGAAAUAAUAAGAAAAAGUGUUGUUGAAGUUACUUUUCUGGCUAUAUUGGCUGAAAUUACCGCAGAGGAACAUUUUAGGUAAUCUUUCAUAUAAUUUUUUAUUUAUGUUAUUAAUAAUAAAUAUUUUAAAUAUAAUUUUUUUCAAAAAUCAGCAUAAUCGGCCAAUCCAUCCACUUCAAUCAGAACUUCAUAAAUUUCAGUAUAAUCAGCCGAUUCAGCUGAUUUCAGUGUUACCAAACAGGCUUUUUACGUGUAUCCCCGACCUAUGUUACAUUACAUAGGAACAACUUUACUGCUAUCCAUUUUUCCAUUUGAGAUAGCUCUAAGUGACUGGUAUGAUAUCAUUAUAAUGCUGAUUAAUACUCCCUCCGGUUCACAUUCUUCUUUACAGUUUGACUUCACAAAUAUUAAAGAAAUAAAUUUGACUUUACUGUUUGGCACUGUUUGGACACUGUUUGGCACUGUUUGUAAGGCAAAUAAGGAAGUGUAAAGAAGAAUGUGAUACCAACAAAAAAGGAAAGUGUAAAGAAGAAUGUGAAUGGAGGAGGGAUUAAUAUUUUAAGAGAUAUUACCCGAAAUAGGACUAAAAAAGUUUGCAAAUUCCAAAGUAGGACUUUCAUGUUUUUAUUUCCAAAAUAGGACUAAUUACUGUCAUGUUUUGGCAGUACCAGACUUCAAACAUGGCAGUAUUUUUCAAAUUUGGCAGUAAUUAGUCCUAUUUUGGGAAUAAAAACAUGACAGUCCUAUUUUGGAAUUUUCCAACUAUUUUAGUCCUAUUUCGGGAACUUUCCCAUAUUUUAAUCACAUUGUACACAAAUUUGUAGAGUAUGGUACGUACAAGGUAGAUAUUCAUUAACUAGACUAGUUUCGAAACAAGUUUUAGAGUAGACUUGGUCACAUAUAGAUCAUAGGAUUGAAAGCAUGGACAAAGCAGGUGAAACUUUGAUGACACCCACCCUACAUACAUAAGAAUCCACACUUCAAAAUUACUUUCUGUUGUCUGACUUUUCUCUUUAAUUUAAUUUUUUUAUACCCAUCAUCCCAGUCUCUUCUUCUCACUUCUUCUCACUUCUUCUCUUAUCAUUUCAUCUCCUCCUCCACCGACAAACCUAUAGCCAGCUACUAUAUGUAUAUGUAUAUAUAUACGGCGCCAUCAUCAAUAACAUCUGAUUCUUCUCAUCUAACAACAUACAUACAUCUCUCUCUCUAUCUAUCUGUAGAUCACUGUUCAGAAAACAUAAUCUCUGAGCUGAAUUGAAGGAAGAAAGCAGGAAAAAGAAUGGUACAGCCCAACAAGUUCAGAGGUGUCAGACAACGCCAGUGGGGCUCUUGGGUUUCAGAAAUCCGCCACCCUUUGCUAAAGAAAAGGAUUUGGCUGGGGACAUUUGAGACUGCGGAGGAGGCCGCCAAAGCGUACGAUCAAGCAGCGGUAUUGAUGAACGGCCAGAAUGCCAAAACCAACUUUCCCACUGUGAAUGACAAGGGCAGCAAAGCCGUAAACGCCGGCGGCAGCGGCGACGGGAGUGGUGUAACUCCGUCCCCGCCGAUCCCCGCCGACGUUCUAAGCGCGAAGCUGAAGAAAUGCUGCAAAAACCCGUCCCCGUCGAUCACUUGCCUGAGGCUCGACACCGACAGCUGCGACAUCGGGGUGUGGCAGAAAAAACCCGGAGGCGGAGGAAAGAGCGGCGGUUCGGGGUCGGUUUGGCUUACGAAAAUCGAGCUCGGGGGCAGCAAAAAGAUGUUGGAAGAUCAACUUCAAAUCCUAUCGCCGUCAUCGAGUGACGGCGAUGACGGAGGUUGGUAUAAUUCUUGGGGUGGAGGAGAAUCAUCUUCAUUAUCAUCAAUGUCAUCAUCAUCUAAUGAGGCUAUUAUUGCUGAAAUGGAUGAAGAAAGUAGAGUGGCAUUGCAAAUGGUUGAAGAGCUGCUUAACUGGAAUUGAAUGAAGAUUCCAAGCAGUGUUCCUUUUCAAUUAAUGCUUUCAUGUGCCUGCAUAAAAUAAUGUAAUAUAUAUAGUAUAUACAUACAUAUAUAUAUAUAUGUAUAAUAAUAUAGAUAUAUACUAAUAAUAAUUAUAAACUAACAAAUUAUUUAAAAGGGGAACCUAGAAUUAUAUAUAUACCUCCUUUGAGCUUGGGAUCAUGCAUUCAAGUUGGGAAAUUGAAGCAGCUUCUUGCAAAAUUGGUUACCUAAAUGCAUGGUGAGGUCCUCUGAUCUGUCCAUCCUGUUGUUAAAUAAUGGAAAAAUAUUAUUUUUGCUAAAAAUAAAAAAUUAUUCCUCACCAAAUAGAAUUAUUAGUUACUUUUAUUCUAUUCUGGAAGUGAAGAAUUAUUUGUUAGUAAAAGAACUAGUUAGAUAUUUAUUCUUUAUUUUUAUUUAUAAAUUUGAUGUCUUUAUUGUUCUAGUUGUCAGCCAAUAUGGGCUAUGGAGUAACAAUUCAUUCUAGUUAGCUCCAAUAUUAUGUUGUAACUAAUAAUAAACAUAAAUAAAAGACUGAAUAUAAAAUAUUAUAUUUUGUUGUAUAUUCAAAUAUAUGUUCUGAUGCCAGAAGAAUGGAGACAUGAAGGGCACAAGUCUUCAGAUGUUUAUUUAUUAAUUUAUCCGUUUCGAUCAAUAUUAUUAUCAAGUGCUCGGGUCAAGAAAUUCGUUUAAUAUUUUUUCAUCAAAAAGAGUUCUUUAAAUCAGAAAUUGUCCUAAAUAGGAGUAGAAACAUUUUGAAAUUCCAAAAUAGGAGUAUCAUGUUUUUUAUUCCCUGAAUAGGAGUAAUCUGCUAUGUUUGAAAAAAAAUGUCAUGUUUAAA